AUGGGUAAUCUUGGUGCAGGGGAUGCCUCACUCACCAUCAAGCAGGUUCUGGAAAGUGACUCGGGCAUAUAUAUCUGUCGCGUGGAAACACCUGGCUGGUUCAAUGAUCAGAAAACUGAGAAUAUCCUCUAUGUUUAUCCAGGACGUCCCUCUCAGCCAAAUGUAGAAAUAAGAGAGCUCCAGCAAAGAGCUGUCACAGUUGGCUGGAUUCCUCCAUUUAAUGGGGGCAGAGAUAUUACAGCCUAUCUGGUUUAUUUUAUAAGAGGUGGUGCUUCAUGGGAUACUGCUGUAGGAACACAAGUUGUACUGACUCAGGUGACUCUGGCUGAUUUGCGUCCUGGCAUGACCUACGACCUCCGCAUGUUUGCAGUCAACAGUGUGGGGACGAGUGAUGCCAGCAAUGUUCUGACAUUUAAAACAUAUGAAGCAGCACCUGAGGGCCCACCCCUUGAUAUGCAGCUUCAGGCUCUCAGCUCUCAGAGUAUCAGAGUGACCUGGAAGCCUCCGGAUUUGGAACUCAGAAACGGUGUUCUGCGCAGCUACAUCGUUAAUUAUAGAGAUUAUGACUCCAGGGUUCAAACGUCGCAGUACCUUAUUGUGGCAGCUACAGGGGAUUUGGAGAGCAUCAUCCUGACCAAUCUAAAGCCUUCAACAAGGUACGAAGUGUUCAUUCAGGCCAGAACAGAUGCAGGACCAGGGCCUGCUUCCAAUGCACGUUUCUGCUCCACUCUGAAAGAAGAAACUACAGCGGCAACUAAAACCACUUCCACUGCUGCUACAACCAGGGUACGACAUACAAGCCUCUCUCCAGUGCCUCCAGAUCCACCUGUAGUUGUGCUGAAGGAGGUGAUAAACAACACAAUUUCCUUUUUCUGGACUCCUGGCUUCGAAGGCAACAGCCCCAUUACCGGUUUCUAUCUGGAGUAUAAAGCAGCAAAUGCUUCAUGGGAUUAUAACAAGACUGUCGUUUAUUCUAACGCCAACAAGACAGAGACCACCAUAACAGAGGACAAUCCUUCAACAUACAACAUCCGCAUGUUCGCUAAAAACCGUUUUGGCGCCAGUAAAGCCAGCAAUGUUCUCAAUGUGACCAUCGAAGAAAGAGGCGUUGCUUCAUCAUCCAAAUACAGUGGUUGUGUUUCACUGUAUGCUCCAAGGACAGGAUGGGACUUUAUGUUGAUAUGUUUGGUAUAUCUGCUGUGGUUCUUUGCACAAACAGUUUUUUCUCAGUUUUAAUAGCAGCAGAAGAUAGACAGCAACUUUUGAUUUGCAUGACAGCUUAAAGUAUAAUAAUGAACUACAGAAUUACACAACAUUAAAAUCAGUUGUAACACAGCACAACUCAAACAAAUGCUACUUCUUAGUUUUGAACCGGUGGUGUCCAAACUUUUCAGCACAUUGGCAUGUUAUUGUGAAAUGUAAUUGUUUUUACCUUGAUUUACAAUGAUCUGUAAAUCAACAUAAAUCCUAAACAUAA